UCCGUCCGCGCGGGCCGGGCGCUGUGGCGGCGGCCGGAGCGGCGGCGGCCGUGGCGGCGGGGAGCGGGCCUCGCGCGGCGGGGCCAUGCCGCUGGCCGCCAUGAUGGCGUGCUGCCUGAGCGACGAGCUCAAGGAGUCCAAGCGCAUCAACGCCGAGAUCGAGAAGCAGCUGCGGCGCGACAAGCGGGACGCCCGGCGGGAGCUCAAGCUGCUGCUGCUCGGCGCGGGCGAGAGCGGCAAGAGCACAUUCAUCAAGCAGAUGCGCAUCAUCCACGGCGCGGGCUACUCGGAGGAGGACAAGCGCGGCUUCGCGCGGCUGGUGCACCACAACGUGCUGACGGCGGCGCAGGCGCUGGUGCGCGCCAUGGACGCGCUCAGGAUCCCCUACGAGGACUCCCGCAGCCAGGCUCACGCGCUGCUCAUCCGCGAGGUGGACGUGGAGAAGGUGGCGGCGCUCGAGCCGCGCCACGUGAGCGCCAUCAAGGCGCUGUGGGCGGACCCGGGCGUGCAGGAGUGCUACGACCGCCGGCGCGAGUACCAGCUCUCCGACUCGGCCAAGUACUACCUGACCGACGUGGACCGCAUCGCCACGGCCGGCUACCUGCCCACCCAGCAGGACGUGCUGCGCGUGCGCGUGCCGACCACCGGCAUCAUCGAGUACCCCUUCGACCUGGAGAACAUCAUCUUCAGGAUGGUGGACGUGGGCGGGCAGCGUUCCGAGCGCAGGAAGUGGAUCCACUGCUUCGAGAACGUCACGUCCAUCAUGUUUCUCGUGGCCCUCAGCGAGUACGACCAGGUCCUGGUGGAGUCCGACAGUGAGAACCGCAUGGAGGAGAGCAAGGCGCUGUUCCGCACCAUUGUCACCUACCCCUGGUUCCAGAGCUCGUCCGUCAUCCUCUUCCUCAACAAGAAAGACCUGCUGGAGGACAAGGUCCUCUACUCGCACCUGGUCGACUACUUCCCCGAGUUCGACGGCCCGCCUCGGGACGCGCAGGCCGCCCGCGAGUUCAUCCUGAAGAUGUUUGUGGACCUGAACCCCGACAGCGACAAGAUCAUCUACUCGCACUUCACCUGUGCCACCGACACGGAGAACAUCCGCUUCGUGUUCGCCGCCGUCAAGGACACCAUCCUGCAGCUCAACCUCAAGGAGUACAACCUGGUGUGAGCGGUGCGGUGCGGGCCCUCGCUCUGGCCUUUGAGGAAGAACACUGGCCGCCCCACACCCCUGGCCUCACUCGUGCCCCCAGGGUGACCGGGCUCAGCUUUCUCAGGGGUCUCCCUCGGGGUGGGGGCGGGGGUGACGGUGACACAGAACAGGCGGUGCUUUGCCCACAGCCGAGAGGGCAUGGGGGCCGUCGCCUCCGGGAAGGCCUCUGGGCCAGGCCAAGCACUGAGCCAGAGCGGGGACCUCCUCCCACGCGGACUCCCGCCCAGGGCGGCGGAGUGGGUGAGGACCCCAACUACAGUGUAGACAACACUACUGUGCCCGCCGCCCUCAGCCUUCCUUUUUGCACAGUGGGGGGCAGGGCCCCCUCCCCCCCCAGGUGGCUGCUGGGGGGCAGCACAGAUGGGGAGCCAGGCUGCCGCCCCACCCCUCGGACCGUCAGUGCCACGGUGCUCCGGCCUGGGGCCCCUGGCUCCCCGUCCUCCAGGGCGGCUUGGUGGCUCCUGUGGGACCCGGCGUGGGAUCCCGGGGGGCACCCGCAGUAUUACACCCGCCCCAGCGGGGAUGUGGCAGAGCGCCAAGCACCCCAGCCUCGCCCCGCAGUCUGGAUGUCGGCACCGUGCCUCGCGGAGGGAGGGCUGGCCAGGGCGUCCGGAAGACCCCGCCCGCCGCCGCCGCCGCCGCUGCAGGUCUUUAAAGGUGUUUUUUUGUUUUCUGGUUCUUGUCACUCAAGAUUCAUGUCGUGCUGUGGGGGCGAGGCCUGGGGUGGGGGUGCGGGGUCCCCAGGGGAGGGCCCUACGUCUCUGUCGCCCGGCACAAGUCGACUUUUCUUACCUUUCUCCAGAAAUGACUCUGUUUUGGAUCAGAAUAAAUUUUAUUCCUAAAUGC